AUGAGAACCUUCUUAUGGGGAGGAGUGGAGGGCCACAACAAACUGGCUUGGAUAAAAUGGGAUGUUGUGUGCAAACCGAAAGAGUUGGGUGGCCUCGGAAUCAAAAAUUGGAGCUUGUUCAAUAAAGCCUUAUUGGGUAAGUGGAGAUGGAGGCUUAUCCAUGAACAAGACAGCUUAUGGGUUGCGGUUUUGAGAGCUAAAUAUAGAAUUCCAAUCCUUGGUGAGCAAGUGGAAAUGACUGGAAAGUUCUCUGAGUGGUGGAAGGACAUCCUAAGAACGUGUUUUGAAAAUCCGACUCAUUGUUGGUUUGAUGCUGGAAUUAGCAAGAAAUUAGGUGAUGGAAAUGAGGUAUUUUUCUGGCUUGAAACCUUGGCUGGACCAAAUGAAGAUGAAGGACAGAUUUCACAGGUUAUUUUUGCUAUCAUCUCAACAAAAUGCUACGAUUCAAUAAAUGGGAAGCUGGACAGAGGGGGUGUGGCGCUGGUCCUUGCAAUGGAGGAGACCUUUACUGGACCGAGAGCUAGAAGUACUCGACUCUCUCCUCUCUACCUUGGGUUUGGUAACACUCAAGGAAGAAACCGCGUGGUAUUUCAAGAAGGGAUAAAGGAUGCAGAGAAGGUCUUUGACCUGGCCCAAAUGCGCAUGGAACUGACAUUUAGAUCACAUGAUUUAAAGGACUUAAUGCAGAAAAAGACUAAUAAACAUGGCUACAUGAUUUUAACUGCCCCUCAUACUAUCUCAGGAAAAUUAAGUGCUGAUAGUGUGGUUAAAUUUAAUUUGGAGGUUUUGGGUAUUAGGUGGAAAAUGGCUCCUUCAAAGCAAGAUAGUGGUGACACCGGUGUGAUUAAGUUAAUUAGGCGUGGAAGGACCAUUAUGAAAGAAGUCCGUCGUGCAACAAGUCAAGGAAUAAAAUUUGAGGUUGGUUGGGACCCGGAUGGUGUACCAAUUGAUCCCAACAAACAAAAAUUUGUCAGUUAUAUUGGUUAUCUUGCUAGGACAGACGUUCCAAUUACUUGUAAUUGGUGGCCAAAUGUUGACGAUGAAAUCAAAAACCAAAUAUGGGAAAAAGUAGAGGUUGCUUUUGAGAUUCACCCCUUGCGCAAAGACUAUGUACUUAAAGAAGCAGGUGUUUUGGCUAGAAAUUUUAGGAAAAUUCUAAGGAAAUUUUUUUUGGAUAAAGAUGGUAAUGUGAUAGAUCAUCCACCGCUGUCUUAUGACCUUGUGAUUGAUCAUGAUGUCUGGAUGGAAUUUGUUGAUCAAUAUAAAGAUGAAGAAUUCCAGAAACUAAGUGAACAGAAUAGGAAAAGAGUGUUGAAGCCUAAGUACCCUCACAAUUUAGGGCGUACGGGAUAUGCUUGCCUUCAGCAAAAGAUGUUGCAGGAGUCUGGAUCAAGCGAGACAUCCAUUCCUCGCCAUCGCUUGUGGAAGCGUGCUCGUGUGUCGAAAAAGGGCAAGAUUAAUGAGAAUGUUGAAGAAGUUUUGAGUACAUGUGAGACUCUCACACAAUCUGCAUCACAAGAGGAGUUACAUAAACGUACACCAGAUGAUAUUCUCGGUCAGGCACUAAAGGUUCCUGAGCACCCAGGUCGUGUAAGGGGUGCAACCUUUCCAAUAUGUCAGAAAACCUUCUUCAAGAAAGGUCAAAAGAAGUCAAUCCAAAAGGAGACUCCAGCAGAAGUUGCACAAUUGACAGAUUUGGUCAAGACUUUACAGAAACAAGUUAGUAUAUUGCUACAGGAGAGGGAGAUCACCAAGGACAUAGGGGCUGUACACUACGCCAGUGGAAGAGAUAGUUGCACGCCUAACAUAUCACCUGUUGAGAUUCAUGAGGUAUUUGGUUCAAGCAGUGUACUGUACUGGCUAGUGUUGGCUAUUUGGUUUAAUUUCUUGUGA